AUGCCCCCAAAACCUCCUAACUCUUCAUGGGAGAAGUUGAAUGGUACUUUGAAUCCCCCAUCUUGUCCUAACCUGACUUUAACUAUAAAAUAAUCCUUUCCCCAAUAGUCUUUCUUGGUUUCAGUAUUUCUACGAGAUCGAAUCAGUGCCUUGGUAUUAUUUUGUUCAUCAUUUCCCUGUUUAGGUUGACCUGGAUAAAUCCAUAAUAUGGUUAACACGAUGAUGCAGCUCAGAGUCCCCCAAAAUCCCCAAAACCACCAUCCCAAUCCUGUCCCUGACCCACCUGCCUGGUACUUCCCCAUACCCACACCUCUAGGAACACCCCACAGUGAUGAAAGGUCAGGGUAGGGUUUCUUUGUUAACAGAGUUUACCCCCGAACCCUAGUGGGUCAGUUCUUCUCUUUAACUCUGUGUGUGUUCAACGGUGCUGGUAUGUGGGCGUACCUUUUUGCAGUGGGUAACGUGGACCCAAGUGGCUCUCUCAGCUAUUCUUACAGCGAAGGCAGUUACCAAUAGGACUUGGUAUGGUCCCUCCCAGCGGGGCUGCUUCCAGUCUUUCUUCUUUAAGGAUUGGAUCCACACCCAGUCACCUGGUUGGAUAGAGUGGGUUACCUUCUCCUUUAGUUCUCCUGUGGGACACAAAAUCUUUGACAUACGGAUUUGGUUAACGAACAGUCUCCUCAUAUGUUCUGCCAAUGUGUCUUCUGCCUCUAUGUCUGCCUGUUCUAGUCUACCUAACUUGGGCAUUCUGUAUGGUCUCCCAAAUACCUUCUCGAAGGGGGAUAACCCAUCUUUAUCUGGGGUUACUCUAAUGGUGAUCAACACUAUUGGUAGGCAUUGUACCCAAUUUCUUCCCUUCACUCCGUGAUAACUCUAUAAAAUCAAUUUCCAAUUGAUGGACUGGAUAUUUUGCCAGGGGAUAUUCCCCCUGGGGUGCUCUCUCUACCUUGGUGAUUAUUCUGUGCACAGAUGACACAUCUGUAACAAAAAAUUUUUUUUUAGUAGUUUGUUAUACCAUAGGCCAAGUGUUUCCUAAGUGUUUCCUAACCUGUUCCUGCUCUACCAAAGUUUUUCCUAACCUGCUCUACCAUCCCCCCUAUUGACACAUGACUUUACCCAUGUGUCAAUAUUUCUGCAUAUCAAAACGGUGACUUUAAUCAAAUUAAAAAAAAAUCUUUAUGCCAGACAUUAUCUCGUAGGAUUGCUCUUUCUUUUUUCCACAUGUUCAAUUCUUUAUCCUGUCUUCUUUACAGUAUGAAAAUGUAUGCACUCACUAACUGUAAGUCGCUCCGGACAAUAGCGUCUGCUAAAUGACCAAAAUGCAAAAUGUAAUCAAGAACAUAGGAAAUAUCUGUUUCCCCGUAUAUUCUUUCUGUCACCCUUCUUAAUGUCAUAUUUCACUAAUUUGCCAAUAUAAUCCCUUACUUCGUGUAAGUAAGCAGUGAUAUUUUGUUCCCAGGCAUCUAUAAAAAAAAAUGUUUGAUACGUUGUCUCCUACUGUCCCUUAACAUAUACUGUAGGGGAUUUCCCUCAAUCCUGGGAAAUAAAUAAAAAAACUCCCCCUCAGAACACAUCGGAUAACUCCACGUUUUAUUACAUUCACUAAACCUAUAAAUAACAAACCCAUAACCACUUUCCGGUAAUCUACUGAUUUAAACCUGUUGCAUUAAUUUAUUAAAAUAUAAACCUAUUGUUUAAUAAAUCCAGAACCUACAAAAAAUGUUUACUACGCCAUCAGCGUAAUAGUAAAAACGAUCUCCCAUUGUUCAACGUGAACUGUCUGCAUAACUCACUGUUGUAUAAACAAACUAUUCAGACAUCCGCUUCACAUUACCCUCUGCUUCAUUUACUAAAUCCUGGCAUUAGUCAAUUCUAUCCGCACACCACCAAAAACGAAUACAACUUGCAUACCCAUAACUAGAAAGCAUGAAUUUAAUACCAUUCUUGCUUAAACAAUGCAAUUCAACAUUUCUCAUCACCCAAUUUCUAUUACCUUUUUUUAACGCAGGAAAUCCUGUACAAUCUCUAUCCUCUACCGCUGUCUUUCCAUCUAACAUUACUUUAACAGAUAACCAAUUAUUUUUUAGUUAUAGUCAAAACAAACAAAACAUCUAUUCCCAGAGAUGCACUUAAACUACUCUGUUAUACUAACCGCUAUGUGGUGCUAGGACAAUCUCUUUCAUAUAAACUUAUCAAUUAGACCAGUCAGUCAAUGUUAUCUUACAUACUCUGCUUCCUUCCAACACUGCUUCAUUAUUCUUAGUGUUUGUUUAAUAAUCCUUUCUGAGUUCCCUUACUUCACUUUCCAUGAAUAUAAGACAUUCGCUUCUCUAGGCAUCGUAAACUACAUCCUAUUACCUCUGUUAUCAACUAAAAUUAUAGCCACCUCUUAUGAAACCCCCCAAUCCGUCAUUUUUUAGAAUACAGCAGAUAUCCCUGUUCUGUAUGUCGUGUUUUGUAAUAUUUGUUUUGUGUCCAGAACUCUGGGUCUUAUUGUUCAUGUCUGUUCUCUUAUGUUUAGAUAAGAACUGUACACAUGUCUUUCAUACCUAUACACCAUUCUUGUGUGUGUUCAAUAAAAUUUUUUUGAACAGAAUACAGCAGAUCUAGGCAACUGUCCUUUCUAAGUAGGCUACAAGUAACACCAAACACAUAUCGUAGUUGACCAGCAUAUAUUGAAUUUAUCGUCACAGUUUCUGUCGUUUCCAGGUUGUCACCGGCCUGUAUUUGAACCCCCAAUCUCAGAGGGCAGGUCUUUGUCUAUACGGAUGUAUCAUCCGCCCGUGCACGGUUUUCGGUGUCCCCCGGAAUGAUAGAAGACGGAUAUUGAUAUCCGGCUCGAAGGAUCAAGCUGUCGCGAGAAUUUUGUUAUCUCAAUGGUUGAUGUCAAACUCUUCUUAAAUCUUUGAAUAAUUCCCAGAUUUUAAUUAAACAAAGACCCAAUCCUGCAAUGGUCAGCCUUUAUUCAUUGAGAGCGCUCUGCAACAAAAUGGUCGUACAAUGUUUUUAUACACACGUCAGAGGAAAAACCCCACCCCGCUUUAGGCGGGCUGUAUUUUUCCACCGUACACAUCUUGUAAGCUCACACCUGGGUUUAGCUCAUGUGAUUUUCCUCUGCUCUCCUGACCAUCAGGUCACACACACACACACACACACACACACACACACACACACACACACACACACACACACAUGUUCUUAUCAUAGUCUACUCCUUGCUCGGGUAGGCUGCAUUUUUUUAGUUAUCGCUGUCCUCACAAUAUCCUGCAAGCCUUUUCACUCCCCUUUCCCUGUGUGUUUUUGGAACCAGUCUCCUGUUAUUGGUUUCAAUCGUUUUGCACUUCUGCUUGCCUAAUUACAAAACACAAAUACUCUGUUGCUGGGAUAUAAACACAUUUGAUUAACUCUCUAAGCUCUAGUCUACUAAUUAGUCAUACAUUUUUAGUUUAACUGAGGGUGUGACAUUUUUGUCAUAUCUUACUCACACAUUUCUUUAUCAGUUCCACACUUCGUCCAUUUAAGAAUGAUGGCGCCAACUGUGUUCUUGGGGACCUUCAAUGCUGCAGAAAUGUUUUCGUACCCUUCCCCAGAUCUGUGCCUCGACACAAUCCUGUCUCGGAGCUAUACGGACAAUUGCUUCGGCCUCAUGGUUUGGUUUUUGCUCUGACAUGCACUGUCAAUGGUGGGACCUUAUAUAGACAGUUGUGUGCCUUUCCAAAUCAUGUCCAAUGAUCAUCAAGGAUGAUCAAUGGAAACAGGAUGCACCAGAGCUCAACUUCGAGUCUCAUAGCAAAGGGUAGCAAAAUACUUAUGUAAAUACGUUUUUGCUUUGUCAUUAUGGGGUAUUGUGUGUGGAUUGCUGAGGACAUUUUUUUAUUUAAUCAAUUUUAGAAUAAGGCUGUAACGUAACAAAAUGUGGAAAAAGUCAAGGGGUCUGAAUACUUUCCGAAGGCCCUGUAUUUCUAGAUGAAACACUGAUUAAGUUUGGUGAAAAAGAGACUAUGAUUUUGUGUGUUGUACUUAGUCAAUUGAAAAUGUGGUUAGAGCUUUGAAACAACUGCCUUUUCGAUGAUCUGUUUUGAGUUUUGUACUAAGAGUUGUGAAAAUGUACCACAUACUUAUGAAAAUGGCACCAAAGCGAUAAAAAAAAAACGUUAAAUGAUUGCUCUGCUACCUGCUGCUUUGCAAGCUGUUCAUGUUGACCUCUUGUGCAUUAACUAUUUUAUUUAAUCAGCAUCAGCUAAGCGAAUCAGGGUGUAUUCAGGUGGCUCAGAGGGUAAACUGGACUGUAUAAUCAGUUGGAUUGACCAAAGAGCCUGAUGACAUUUUCAGAUCAACAUAUUUUUCUAUUGAUGUUAUCAAAUCUCUUCCUCUGUCAUUAACAAAGAAGAGACUCUCUUUGGUUGUGUGCUGUGUGAUUUAAUUCAUUCUACGUUAUGUGGUUGGUUGUGUGUGUUCAGUAUGUGUGAGUCAUUUUACAUCAUGGCAGUUAGUGUCUGUUGGUGGUUGGCCUAGGGUUCACAAGGCCUCAGUCUCCCACAGUACUGUCACCUUUAACCUAGUCUCCCAUAGCCAGACACCAUCUUAUUGUCACAUUCACAAGGUUAAAUUUAAACUCACCUCCUCUCUUUGUAACUUUCCUGAUUGUCUGUCCCUCUGUGUAACUGUCCUGAUUGGCUGUCCCUCUGUGUAGCUAUCCAGAUUGGCUGUCUCUAGGGUUGGCACAAUUAUCGUAUAAUCAUGUAACAUACAAUUAUGGACAAUAACUGUGAACAAAAAAACAUUAUUGUCAUAAUCAUCUUAAUAUUCAUUUUAGGAGUAGGCGGGAUCCAACUUUAUAUUCAAAUAGAUAUAGUUUACCCUAUAGCAGUUUUUCAUUUUUAUAUAACGUGGGUAAAGUUGGGAAUCAUUUUACGAGCAGAACAGCAUGGUCGGGAGGAGAAGCUUCAUUUCCAACAGUUCCAAAUGACAGGGGUGUCACCAAAGCUGUGUUGUAUUCAUUAGGUUGUAUGCAUUAUGAUGCAUUACAAGCUUAAAACAUUUUAAAAACAAAAAUGACAAUUAUGACAAUAACCGAGGCUAUUUGCAUGAUAAUUAAUCGUUUCCCAAACGUCCAUAAUCAUCACAGCCCUAGCUGUCUCUCUGUAUAACUGUCUUGAUUGGCUGUCUGUCUGCAGGGACUUCCUGCCCAGAGGCUCUGGGAUCGUCACCCGCAGGCCCCUUGUCCUGCAGCUCAUCAGCGCCAAUGCAGGUAACACACACACAUACAUUCAUACAUACAUACUGUACAUACACUACCAGUCAAAGGUUUGGACACACCUACUCAUUCAAGGGUUUUUCUUUAUUUUUACUAUUCUCUACAUUGUAGAAUAAUAGUGAAGACAUCAAAACGAUGAAAUAACACAUAUGGAAUCAUAUAGUAACCAAAAAAGUGUUAAACAAAUCAAAAUACAUUUUAAAUUUGAGAUCUUCAAAUAGCCACCCUUUGCCUUGGUGACAGCUUUGCACACUCUUGGCAUUCUCUUAACCAGCUUCACCUGGAAUGCUUUUCCAACAGUCUUGAAGGAGUUCCCACAUAUGCUGAGCACUUGUUGGCUGCUUUUCCUUCACUCUGCCGUCCGACUCAUCCCAAACCAUCUCAAUUGGGUUGAGGUCAGGGGAUUGUGGAGGCCAGGUCAUCUGAUGCAGCACUCCAUCACUCUCCUUCUUGGUAAAAUAGCCCUUACACAGCCUGGAGGUGUGUUGGGUCAUUGUCCUAUUGAAAAACAAAUGAUAGUCCCACUAAGCCCAUUCACUGCAGAAUGCUGUGGUAGCCAUGCUGGUUAAGUGUGCCUUGAAUUCUAAAUAAAUCCCAGACAGUGUCACCAGCAAAGCACCCCCACACCAUAACACCUCCUCCUCCAUGCUUUACGGUGGGAAAUACACAUGCGGAGAUCAUCCAUUCACCCACACCGCGUCUCACAAAGACACAGCGGUUUGAACCAAAAAUCUCACAUUUGGACUUCAGACCAAAGGACACAUUUCCACCAGUCUAAUGACAAGCAGGUCUCUUCUUCUUAUUGGUGUCCUUUAGUAGUGGUUUCUUUGCAACAAUUUGACCAUGAAGGCCUGAUUCACACAGUCCCCUCUGAACAGUUGAUGUUGAGAUGUGUCUGUUACUUGAACUCUGUGAAGCAUUUAUUUGGGCUGCCAUUUCUGAGGCUGGUAACUCUAAUUAACUUAUCCUCUGCAGCAGAGGUAACUCUGGGUCUUCCUUUCCUGUGGCAGUCCUCAUGAGAGCCAGUUUCAUCAUAGCACUUGAUGGUUUUUGCGACUGCACUUGAAGAAACUUUCAAUGUUCUUGAAAUGUUCCGUAUUGACUGACCUUCAUGUCUUAAAGUAAUGAUGGACUCUCGUUUCUCUUAGCUUAAUUGAGCUGUUCUUGCCAUAAUAUGGACUUGGUCUUUUACCAAAUAGGGCUAUCUUCUGUAUAACCCCCCCCUCCCUACUUGUCACAACACAACUAAUUGGCUCAAACGCAUUAAGAAGGAAAUCAAUUCCAUAAAUUAACUUUUAAGAAGGCACACCUGUUAAUUGAAAUGCAUUCCAGGUGACUAACUCAUGAAGCUGGUUGAGAGAAUGCCAAGAUUGUGCAAAGCUGUCAUCAAGGCAAAGGGUGGCUAUUUGAAGAAUCUCAAAUAUAAAAUAUAUUUUGAUUUGUUUAACACUUUUUUGGUUACUACAUGAUUACAUAUGUGUUAUUUCAUAGUUUUGAUGUCUUCACUAUUAUUCUACAAUGUAGAAAAUAGUAAAAAAUAAUGAAAAACCCUUGAAUGAGUAGGUGUGUCCAAACUUCUGACUGGUACUGUACAUACAUACACACACACACACACAAAUACACACACACACACACACACCUAUCUGCAUCUAUCUUCACAGAAUGGGCAGAGUUCUUACACUGCAAAGGGAAGAAAUUCACAGACUUCGAUGAGGUUCGCCAAGAGAUUGAGGCGGAGACUGACCGCAUUACUGGGGCCAAUAAGGGCAUCUCUCCCGUCCCCAUCAACCUGCGCGUCUACUCCCCACAUGGUAGACAUACAUAACCCCUCAUCUACCCUCUUCCCCUCUCUUACUUUCUCUCCCUCCCCCUCAUUUGCUCUCUCUCUCUCUCUCUCUCUCUCUCUCUCUCUCUCUCUCUCUCUCUCUCUCUCUCUCUCUCUCUCUCUCUCUCUCUCUCUCUCUCCCUCUCAAUUAUAUCUCUGUGCUCUCCCUCUCUACUGUGUGUUCGGUGAUAUUCACUAUAAGAUGGGUCCUCCUCUCUCCUUUCCCCCUGCCUGUAGUGCUGAACCUGACCCUGAUCGACCUGCCAGGUAUCACCAAGGUGCCAGUGGGGGACCAGCCGGUGGACAUUGAGCAGCAGAUCAGAGACAUGAUCAUGCAGUUCAUCUGUAGGGAGAGCUGUCUCAUCCUCGCUGUCACCCCAGCCAACUCUGACCUGGCCAACUCAGACGCCCUCAAACUGGCCAAAGAUGUUGACCCCCAGGGUAAGAUGUUGAUCAGAUUGCUAUAUCAUAUUAUGGGGUUAGCUGAUAUUUUAAACACCUAUCCAGGCGUUGUGAGAUCUCGCAGGCAUCUGCAAUGAAGUCAGCCAUGAACGUGGCCUUUGUGUUGUGACUGACUUCUUCUGGCUUGGCCCCUUACCCUUUGACCUCUGACCCCAGGCCAGCGGACCAUAGGAGUGAUCACCAAGCUGGACCUGAUGGAUGAGGGAACAGACGCCAGGGAGGUCCUGGAGAACAAACUGCUGCCCCUAAGGAGAGGUGGGACAUCUCUGUCUCUCUGUCUCUUACUCACUCUUUCGCUCUCUUUCUACCAAUCUCUCUUUUUCUUUGUCCCUCUUUCUCCAUUUCUAUGUCCACCGAUCUACUUCAGUCACCUUUGGUAUCAGCUUUUCUGUUCUAUCCUCUGCACUCGCCUUACAUUUUGGUCCCAUUUUCUUGUGUUCUCAGUCAUGUCUUUUCCAUCAUCCCGUCUGUCUGUGUGUGUUGCCAGGUUAUAUUGGAGUGGUUUCACCCUGUCCAUCUGUGUGUUGCCAGGUUAUAUUGGAGUGGUUUCACCCUGUCCAUCUGUGUGUUGCCAGGUUAUAUUGGAGUGGUUUCACCCUGUCCAUCUGUGUGUUGCCAGGUUAUAUUGGAGUGGUUUCAGCCUGUCCAUCUGUGUGUUGCCAGGUUAUAUUGGAGUGGUUUCACCCUGUCCAUCUGUGUGUUGCCAGGUUUUUUGAAGUGGUUUCACCCUGUCCGUCUGUGUGUUGCCAGGUUAUAUUGGAGUGGUUUCACCCUGUCCGUCUGUGUGUUGCCAGGUUAUAUUGGAGUGGUUUCACCCUGUCCAUCUGUGUGUUGCCAGGUUAUAUUGGAGUGGUUUCACCCUGUCAAUCUGCGUGUUGCCAGGUUAUAUUGAAGUGGUUUCACCCUGUCCAUCUGCGUGUUGCCAGGUUAUAUUGAAGUGGUUUCACCCUGUCCAUCUGCGUGUUGCCAGGUUAUAUUAUAAUAAUAAUAAUAAUAAUAAUAUGCCAUUUAGCAGACGCUUUUAUCCAAAGCGACUUACAGUCAUGUGUGCAUACAUUUUUACGUAUGGGUGGUCCCGGGGAUCGAACCCACUACCCUGGCUUUACAAGCGCCAUGCUCUACCAAUUGAGCUACAGAGGACCACUAUUGAAGUGGUUUCACCCUGUCCGUCUGUGUGUGUUGCCAGGUUAUAUUGAAGUGGUUUCACCCUGUCCGUCUGUGUGUGUUGCCAGGUUAUAUUGAAGUGUUUUCACCCUUUCCGUCUGUGUGUGUUGCCAGGUUAUAUUGAAGUGGUUUCACCCUGUCCGUCUGUGGUUGUUGCCAGGGCUAUAUGGAAGUGGUUUCACCCUGUCCAAUCUGUGUGUGUUGCCAAGGCUAUAUUGGAGUGGUUCAACCCUGUCCAUUGUGUGUUGACCGGUGAUUUGAAGUGAGCCUUCACCCUGUCCAUCUGUGUGUGUUGCCAGGCUAUAUUGGAGUGGUUUCACCCUGUCAAUCUGUGUGUGUUGCCAGGCUAUAUUGGUGUGGUAAACCGCAGUCAGAAGGACAUUGAUGGGAAGAAGGACAUCAAGAUGGCUAUGGCUGCUGAGAGGAAGUUCUUCCUCACUCACCCGGCCUACAGACACAUGGCCGAAAAGAUGGGCACCCCGUGCCUGCAGAAAGUCCUCAACCAGGUAGGCUAACUAACAGACUGCAGACUGACCAGGUUAUGAACAGUAACUGAGUUUCUCCUACAGGUUAUUACGUCCUUGCUAAUCCUCCCAAAGCCCAGCAUAAUAGGCUUGCUUAGCGACGUUAUAUUUAGGGUAAUUUUUGUGUUGUGUUGCCAUAGCAAUUGACCAACCACAUCCGUGACACGCUGCCGGCGUUCCGUAGCAAGCUGCAGACCCAGCUACUGUCUCUCGAUAAGGAGGCCGAGGAGUACCGGGGAUACCGCCCUGAUGACCCGGGACGCAAGACCAAGCAACUGCUGCAGUGAGUCCAUCAGAAAAACAGAAGUUCCACACUCACAAUCAGGGUUAGGGUCAAUUGCGUUUUAAUUCAGUCAAUUCAGUAAAUCAACUGAAAUUCCAAUUUAAAUUGUGUGUGUGUGUGUGUAGGAUGGUGCAGCAGUUCUCAGUGGACUUUGAAAAGCGUAUCGAGGGCUCUGGGGACCAGGUGGAUACUGUAGAGCUCUCUGGUGGAGCCAAGAUCAACCGCAUCUUCCACGAGAGAUUCCCCUUCGAACUGGUCAAGGUUAGAUAGCUAGGCUGAUGCACAUCUUGUUCCUGGGAGUGAUAGCCUGAAAAACUGUCUCUCAUUCUCAUUCUCAAUCUCAAUCUCAAUCUCAAUCUCAAUCUCAACUCCUCAAAUCUCCCCUUUUCUCUCUCUCCCUUUUUCUCUCUCUCUCUCUCUCUCUCUUUUCUCUCUCUCUCCUCCUCUCUCUCCCCUCUCCCCUCUCUCUCUCUCCCUUCUCUCUCUCUCUUCUCUCUCCCUUUUCGGGAUCGCCGGGGGAAAAUUGGAUCAAGAAAAACCCGGGAUCAGUGGGUGAUUUUAUUUUUUAUUUUAUUUUUUAAAUUUUAUACCCCCAAACCUCCCCCUCUCUCACCCCCUUCCUCUUCUUCCUCCCCCCCCCUCUUUUCCUACCCCCACUCUCUCUCUCCUCUCUCUUCCUCUCUCUCUCUCUCUCCCUCUCUCAUCUCUCUCUCUCUCUCUCUCUCUCCUCUCUCUCUCUCUCUCUCUCUCUCUCUCUCUCUCUCCUCUCUCGGUGCGCCUGCAGGACGGGCCUGUUCACUCCAGACAUGGCGUUUGAGGCUAUUGUGAAGAAGCAGAUAGUGAAGAUCAAGGAGCCAUGUAUCAAGUGUGUGGACAUGGUCAUUCAGGAGCUGAUCAACACCGUGCGUCAAUGCACUAACAAGGUAACCUUUUAGUUAAGUCAAGCCUCAUUAUGAUGUUCGCUAGGAUGCACUGUAAAAGGUUGUGUGGUGUGUGUAUCGGUGUCUGUUUGUGUGUGUGUGUUUUUAGCUGGAUUGCUUCCCCAGACUGCGUGAGGAAACCGAGAGAAUUGUGACCUCACACAUCAGAGACAGAGAGAGCAGGGCCAAGGACCAGGUAACACAUACGUAUCUCACACACACACACACACACACACACACAUGUGCACACACACACACACACACACACACACACACACACACACACACACACACACACACACACACACACACAGUACAAAUACACAUGAUAAUGAAUACAGUAGACUUAUUGACCCAGGGGCUAGUAAUACUACACUGUAAAUGAAGCUUCCAUGUAUUGUUGACCAAAUCAUUCUGUCUCCAAUUGCAGGUGUUGCUGCUGAUCGAUGUCCAGCUCUCGUACAUCAACACUAACCAUGAGGACUUCAUAGGCUUUGCUAAGUAA